AUGGCCUUGAUCCAAAACCCUAAUAUGAAACAUGCUCCAUUUCUAAGAAACAGAUCUCCACAACAAACACUCUUUAUUCCGUAUACUCUUUCUCUCCCUAUUUCUUACCAAAACCCCAAAAGACUUAAAACUGCUAAUUCUUCUUCUUCUUCUUCUCUAUUAGCACCAGUGAUUCUAAAUUCUCCGGUUGCUUCUUCUUCUCCUCCUCCGAUAUAUUGUGCACCAAAGUUUCCUUGCUCCAGUGGGGCAGCGACUGUACCCUUAUCUCGGGUAUGGAGAGAGAUACAAGGAUGUAACAACUGGAAAGAUCUCAUCGAACCUUUGAACCCUCUUCUCCAACAAGAGAUCACUCGCUACGGCAACUUAGUUUCCACUUGUUACAAAGCCUUCGAUCUAGACCCUAAUUCCAAACGUUACUUGAACUGCAAGUACGGCAAACAAACCCUACUUAAAGAAACCGAAAUCGACCAACCUGAGGACUACCAAGUCACAAAAUAUAUCUACGCCACACCGGAUAUUAACAUCAACAUCAGUCCUAUCCAGAACGAGAUGAAUCGACGAGCGCGUUGGGUAGGUUACGUUGCAGCUUCAUCCGAUGACUCGGUGAAACGUUUAGGGAGGAGAGACAUUGUGGUGACGUUUCGUGGAACGGUAACUAACCCUGAAUGGUUGGCAAAUUUCAUGAGCUCUUUAACUCCUGCUAGGUUCCAUCCUCAUAACCCGCGUCUCGACGUGAAGGUUGAAUCCGGGUUCUUGAGUUUAUACACAUCAGAUGAGAGUGAGAGCAAAUUCGGACUAGAGAGCUGCAGACAACAGCUUCUGUCCGAAAUCUCGAGAUUGAUGAAUAAGUAUAAAGGAGAAGAGAUGAGUAUCACACUCGCUGGACAUAGCAUGGGAAGCUCAUUGGCUCAACUUCUUGCUUAUGACAUUGCGGAACUAGGUUUAAACCGGAGGAUUGGCAAGGGAGAUAUUCCGGUGACCGUGUUCUCUUUCGCAGGACCUAGGGUUGGUAACUUGGAGUUUAAAAAACGUUGCGAAGAGCUAGGUGUUAAGGUCUUGAGGAUCACUAACGUCAAUGAUCCGGUCACAAAACUUCCAGGUGUUUUAUUCAAUGAGAAUUUUAGGGUUUUAGGUGGUUUUUAUGAGCUUCCAUGGAGCUGUUCAUGUUAUGUUCAUGUUGGGGUGGAACUCACGCUAGAUUUUUUCGAUGUUCAAAACAUUUCUUGCGUUCACGAUCUCCAAACCUAUAUCGAUCUUCUAAACCAACGGAGAACUAACUCGAGAUCAGUCGAUUCCGAUGAAGAUGAGGACAGUGACAAUGUUGCAUUAGAGUUUUUAAAGACAAAUGGCGAGAAGAUGAUGUUCUUGAAGAGACAACGAAUGAUGUAUUGGUCCAAUGCCGUGGAUCUACUUUUUUCUUUUUCUAACCAUAUGUCGUAUUGUAAUAUAUUUUAG